AGAGAAGAGAAAAGGCUGAGUGAUACAGGAAACAAACAAAAUAAGAACCAAAGCAGCGGAGAGACAGAAAAUCUAUCCUUCCAGUCUCCAGACUUGAUGUAGCGUUGCCUUAUCUGGGGUUUUUAAUGCUGCUAUUGCUGCCGGUGCUGCUGCUGCUUGUGCUUUUACAGAUCUUGAGAGGAGGGCUAUUUAUCGAUCUGCUUGGGCUUUUCGGAUUAGGGUUUUUCUUCCUUUUGCUUUUCAAAUGUCGACUCCCUAUCCCAUUCCUGUCACUGCUGCUCAGGUUGGGACGUACUUUGUGGGGCAGUACUAUCAGUUACUACAACAACAGCCGGAAUUUGUUUACCAGUUCUACAGUAAUGCCAGCACUAUGCUUCGUAUCGAUGGUUCUAGCAGAGAAAAAGCCACUACAAUGCUCCAAAUCCAUGCGCUUAUUGUGUCACUCAAUUAUGCUGGGAUUGAGAUAAGGACGGCACACUCCUUGGAAUCAUGGAACGGAGGUGUUCUUGUGAUGGUUUCUGGUUCUGUGCAAUUGAAGGAUUUCAAUGGAAGUAGGAAAUUUGUGGAAACAUUUUUCCUUGCACCUCAGGAGAAGGGCUAUUUUGUCCUCAAUGAUGUUUUUCACUUUAUUGAUGAGGAACAAAUUCACCAUCAUUCAGCUGUUGUACUAGCCCAGAACAAUAUUGAAUCCAAACUUAAUGCUCCUACUGUUAUUCCAGAGCCAGUUCCAAAUUAUUUGUUGGGUGGAGAAAUCCCGGCUAGGGAGUUUGUUUCUCCUGUUGAAGCCAAGGAAAAUGGUGCAGUUGACUACUACAGUUUUUCAGAGCAACAAAUGCAGCAAGUUCCCGAGUCUGAAAAUAUUUGGGAGGAUAAUUCUGUAGACUCAAGUGGUUCACUUCAAAACACAGUGAAUGCUGCACAGGACAAACUGCCUGUUGAGGAACCUACUGUAGAGCCCCAGAAACACACUUAUGCUUCUAUUUUACGGGUAGCUAAGGGACAAUCUGCACCAUCAGUGGCUUCCCAGCCUUCAUUUAAAAAGAAUGCCCCACCUGCUUCAGAUUGGGAUUAUGCUCCACAGUCCACAGCUAAGCAAGCAACCGUGACACCAAAUUCAUUUGAAAGAUCUGGAUCAGAAACAUUUGAGGAGACUUCAGCUGUGGUAGAUGAAGAUGAAAUAAGGUCUGUGUAUGUGAGAAACUUGCCAACAACUGUAUCUGAAGCUGAAAUUGAAGAGGAAUUCAAGAAUUUUGGCAAAAUUGCACCUGAUGGUGUUGUCAUUCGAAGUCGCAAGGAUGUCGGUGUAUGUUAUGCAUUUGUUGAAUUUGAAGAUAUGACUGGUGUUCAUGCUGCAGUCAAGGCGGGUAGCGCACAUGUUACUGGGCGGCAAGUAUACAUUGAAGAGCGGAGACCAAAUAGCAACAUCCCAUCCCGUGCAGGAAGAGGAAGGGGUAGAGGCAGGGGCAACUACCCAACAGAUGCUCCAGGGGGUCGUUUUGGUGGUAGAAGUUUUGGCAGAGGUGGUGGCUAUGAUGUAGGUGACCGAGAUUACAAUAGAUCAAGAGGAAAUGGUUAUUAUAGGCCAAGUCCCCGCCAAGAUAGAGGGUUCACAGGUAACCAAUUACUAAGAAAUGGACAAAACCAAUCAGAGUAGACCGUUUAGUUUUCUUAAACAGAGGGAGAGCAAAGUUUUCGUUCCAGGCAUCGCAACUCAGCACAUUCACCCUCAUUAGUUUCAAGAAUGAUAAUUUAUAAUUCCACAAGUCAGAUUGAUUUAGAUGUGUCAGGCGUAUGAAUCACGCUUGUUUCAAUGGUUUCUCAAUAUUUCAAUGUCUAAUUAACAUUCAAAUUUAUAGGCAAUGUUUUCAUUUUUGAGAUUUAUGUAAAAUCUAGCAUCUCUCUGGUUGUAGAAGUUAUUGAUCAAUUUAUUUAUUUAUUUAUUCAGUUUCAACA